AAGACGUUACUCAAACAUGGAAGAAUGGGGCUAAAUCAAACUCCCUAAAUAACUGAGGUACGGAUUUUGACUGAUUACACCGACACUAAUUCCCAAGCCACCCUUAAGGAAUGAGACCACGUGACAUAGCGGGGCGGUCGAACUACAAGCCAUUUUGGGGACGGUGUCAGUUUCCAGUGAACCAUCAGCAUUGCAUUUUUCAAACAACUGAACUGAGAACAGGCAGUGGACCAUUCGAUGACUGAAAUCGGGCUGGCAUAGAGCGGUCUCUUCGGCAACCUAAUGAUUUUGAAUCGCAUAGGUUACCGGUCGGGAAAGAAAUUCGAAUUUGCUUGACUGAAAGGAGCUCGGUGUAGCUAUGCUAAAGCUAUUGCAAUUGACAGCGUCUGCAGCUCUUUCCAAGAUGGCCGCCUGGCUCGUAUUCAUUUUGUGCUGAUCGACUUCUAACUUUCAUUGUCUGGCCACCCCAGUCUCACCAAUCCAUUCCAGAGUUUUUGGGUCAGUGCCCUCCAUGACGAUGCAUCGAACGACAAGAAUUAAGAUAACAGAGCUAAAUCCACAUUUGAUGUGUGUGCUCUGUGGAGGAUACUUCAUUGAUGCGACCACCAUCGUAGAAUGUCUGCACUCAUUCUGUAAAAUGUGCAUUGUGCGGUAUCUGGAGACCAGCAAAUACUGUCCAAUUUGUGACGUCCAGGUACACAAAACAAAGCCCCUCCUAAAUAUCAGGUCGGAUAAAACACUUCAAGACAUUGUCUACAAAUUGGUCCCUGGUCUCUUCAAAAAUGAAAUGAAACGGAGAAGGGACUUCUACGCAGAACAUCCCUCAGUAGAUGCUGCAAAUGGAUCCAAUGAAGACAGAGGAGAAGUGGCAGAUGAGGAUAAAAGAAUUAUUACAGAUGAUGAGAUUAUCAGCCUGUCCAUCGAAUUCUUUGACCAGAGCAAGGUUGACAAACAAGUUGAUGGAGAGAAGGAGAAGACAAAGGAAGAGGCCAGUGACAAACGCUACUUGCAGUGUCCAGCUGCCAUGACUGUAAUGCAUCUUAGGAAAUUUUUGAGAAGUAAAAUGGAUAUUCCAUGCACAUUUCAGAUUGAAGUAAUGUAUGAAGAUGAGCCUUUGAAAGAUUACUAUACGUUAAUGGACAUCGCAUACAUUUAUACUUGGAGAAGGAAUGGUCCUUUACCUCUGAAGUACAGAGUGCGGCCCAGCUGCAAGAAGGUGAAGGUCAGCCACCCACGGGAUGGGCUUGGUAGUGCCCCCCGCUCAGAGAUGGAGAGCGAUUCUGGAAGUGACAAGGCCAACAGCCCGGCAGGUGUGCCUUCCACCUCCUCCUCACUGCCCAGUCCGAGCACCCCAGGGCAGUCGCCGCACCCUCAUUUCCCACACAUCUCCAGUAGCGUCAAUUGGCGCCUCCACGACCCCAGUCCGAAGCGCCCGUCCCCGUUCUGCAACAAAGUGCGCAAGGCCUCGCUGAAUGGCUCCUCCGCCUCCUCCGGAUGACUGUCACCAGGGCUGCUGCCAACGCCAGCCCUCUCAGCUCUUUCCAUGCCAAUGUAGCUCUUGU